GCUGUUUUAAUUUUAACAAUUUCAAUCUGCCACAAGCGAGAAAAAUCAAACACGAACAUAAAACUAAACAAAAAUAACAUCAUUAAAUUUAUCAAUAAAAAGUUAUUUCGGGAAUACAAAAUUAAUAUUUUACUUCUUUGCCUGGUUGUACACGAGAAACUCUCAAAAUGACAAUGUCUAUGAAGGAUUCCACUGAUUAUUUCUCAAAACUUCCUGAGGAAAUUGUUUGUGAAAUAUUUAAUUUAAUUGAUUUGCAGAAUCAGCUGGUUUUAGCUAAAGUUUCCAAGUAUUUUCGACAAGUUAUCGAAGGCAUUUACAAACGAAAAUUUAAUUUUUUAUAUUAUGAUUAUUGGACUUUUAAAAGUUCUCUUAAGCUGCAGGACUGGCAAAUAACAGAGUUUUGUAAACUUUGUAAUGGUUCUGUGGAACGUAUUAAUUUGGUAACUCCUUUCGUUACGCCAUUCUUCUGCACUUCCAAGGAAGAGGAAAUGAAAUAUUUACAAAUUCAACAAGACUUUCGCCAUAAUCUGCAGUGUUUUAACAACCUGCGUGAGUUAGAAAUAGAAGGCAACACAUUUAUAGACGAAACUGUAUUGGAUUUAGCUAAAUACUGCAAGGGAUUAAAAAGUAUAAGUUUCAAGGGUGUUGAUAGUGAUGGCUUCUACGGAAAACAUCUACACCAAUUAGAAAGUAUAGAAAAUAUGGGAUUAAAGUGUUGCCGUAAUUUAGAUCCUAACCAUUUAUUGGCAGUGAGUCAAAAAAAUCAUUUGAAAUCGUUAAAUGUGGUGUAUUGCUAUAAUGUAUACAAUAUACCCACAUUUUUAAAAUUAUGCAAUCAUUGGCUUUACUUAGAGACUUUAAUAUUAUUUGCAUUCACAAGUGAUAAUCAAUGCAUUGCAGCCAUUAUCAAUCUACCGUCUUUAAAAACUCUGCAGUUUUAUUGGCAAAAAUUUAUGUGGAACAAGGCUUCAUCGUGUUUCGAAGAAACAUUUUUCCUGGCCCUUAAGAAACAUCACGACAAAGCGUUUAAGCUCAAACACAUUAAAUUUUCAUACGAACGUUAUAUUAUGGAUUUGGAGACAGUUUACCAGCCCCUCGAACGGGCCAGAAAGAAAGAAGAAUUAUGUGCACAGGUACAGUCUUGGACGUGGCCCAAGAAUGCUGCAACGAACAUUUGCUCAACUUUUGCAGAAUUUAAAAAUUUGCAUACAAUCAACUUUCACUACUGUCGCCCAUUGGAUAAUGAUCAAUUAAUUUAUCUGGCGAAAGAAAAUGACAGCCUUAAUCUAAUCAAAAUUGAAGGAUGUCCCAAAGUUGAAGAUGGAGAAUUUAAGAAACAGUGGGCGAAUCUAAAGUCUAUUCAAAAAUGUCAACUAAAAUUAGAGAGCAUUUUGCCAUUGGCCGAUGUAAAGGUUUGGGAUAACAGUUAA